CCAACUGCAAACAUGAAUAUCAUUCUAGACUAUUUGCUUCUUUUUGCCAUUGCAGUUUACUCAUAUCUAGAGGCUAUAGUCAAGUGUUUUAUCCCAUUGAAGAGGAAAUCUGUUAGUGGAGAUAUUGUGCUGAUUACAGGGUCUGGUCAUGGCAUGGGACGAAUUACCGCCUGUGAAUUUGCCAAACGCCAGAGCAUUGUUGUGUUGUGGGACAUCAACAAGCAAGGACUAGACGAAACAGCUGAAGAUUGCCGCAGACUAGGAGCUACAGUACAUGUAUAUGUGGUGGACUGUAGUAAGCGACUGGAGAUUUACAGUGCUGCUGAGAAGGUUAAGAAGGAGGUUGGAGAUGUUGACAUUCUAGUAAAUAAUGCGGGAGUGGUAUUUGGAACAGAAUUCAUGCAGCUCCAGGAUCACCAAAUCGAGAAGAUAUUUGACGUCAAUAUUCUGGCUCAUUUCUGGACCACAAAAUGUUUCCUGCCUGCAAUGAUGAAGAAAAAUCGAGGGCACAUCGUUACAGUGGCUUCCGUAGCGGGCCACGUUGGCAUAUGUUACCUAGUGGAUUAUUGUGCCACCAAGUUUGGGGCAGUUGGUUUUCAUACAGCCCUAACAGAAGAACUUCAUGCUCUGGGGUAUCAUGGCAUUAAAACCACUUGCUUGUGUCCCGUGUUUGUAAAUACUGGAUUUGUUCAAAACCCAAGCACAAGAUUAUGGCCAGUGCUGAAUCCUGAAUAUGUGGUAAAAUGUCUAAUGGAUGGUAUUUUAACCAAUAAAAAAAUGCUGAUUGUCCCUUCUUCGGUGAAACACUCCUUGGUGCUUCAACAGUUUCUUCCGGAGCGCGUUAUCAAUACUUUAAACAAGAUGCAAGAUGUCCAGUUUGGAACCCAGUUCCGAAGUGCAACAAAGAAAGACUAAAAAUCUGUACUAAAACUAUUAAUGAAACGUCAAAAACUUAAGACUAAAUCCUAGUCGGGUUUCUCUCAGCUAAUAAGACAGCAUUGCACUGCUUGUAGCAAUUCUUUAACGCACGCUAUAUCUUUUAAUACACCAUGCAAUAUCUAGGUACAUGAUAUGUAGUAAUACAUUGCUAUCAUGGUUAUUCGCUAAAUGUAGUUAUUUGUUAAACUUAGGAAUGUGGUUAACUGUUAACAGAAUUAUGACAUGUAGGGUAAAAUAGGCCAGCUGUAAUUAUAGAGAAGGGUGGAUAAUGUUGCCAAAUCAACUACCACUGCCUAAAUUGUUCCAUUUGAUUUUUACACUAAUAGCCAAGUCAGCUGUAUGAUUGUUUG